AUCGAUUCGCACUACUGUUCAGGCUUGCUCCAAAGCGUAACCAACUUCAAUACAUACUAUACUACUUCAAAGCAGUUGGUUCACAGUAAUACACACGAGUCUGUUGAACCGUAAAUCUGGAGAUGUCACGUCUCUGAAAUAACGGUGCCCCUGAAGAUAUCCUAACCAUGUUUGUACGUGGAUUUAUUCAUAAUAUUUCAUCACAAUAAUGCCAGGGAUUCACAUAAUGCCUGAACGUCCCGACGCUUAUCAGAGCACGCGACGCUGUCUUGGAUACUGUAAACAUAGCAUGAAUUGUUGAUCCACACCUGAGAAGUUUUUCGUUAUUGCCAGUCCAGCACCACUCCAAAAUCAGUCCUGCUACUUAUUUAUCGUUGUAAUACUGUACUCUGUUGAACUUCGGAAUAUGGUUACUCCGGUAUAUUUCACUGACUGCUCCUCGCGUUUCCUGUAAUCAUAUAUUUAUUGGAAGGCUUUAUAGCUUUGUGUGGGAUUGCCCAAACAUUUGAGGAUGCUUUGUGAAUCUAUGUGGCAUAACGAUGUCCAACUACGGUGGAAACACACACACCCAGAGACCAGCGGUGAUUGAUUACGAUAGACAGUUUCAAGAAGACUUAGAACGUGCUCAAGCUUUAAGCCUGGAAAGUUUGGCCUUGGAAAAAUUUAAAUUGCAGAAACAACAACUUGAGCAUACUAAUCAUGUGCAGAGACCUUACUCACCGCAGAAUACUACACAAGCUAGUAACAGCGGUACAUUAGAAACAGAUGGUGCUGCAACUGGAGACAAGUUCCAGCUUAGAAGUCGACCGAGGCCUGGUUCGUUCAAUACAGGGCAAUCAAAAACUACUGCUAUCAUAGCGCCACCUCCUCCGAUUCCAUCAAGAAGAAAUUCAGCAGCAUCAAAUCAAGUGCCUUCCACGGAUUUGAUUAAUUUUACAAGUCCAGUAAAGCAGGACAAUCUUGCGCAAUAUUGUUCUGUUGCACCACCGCCGCCCCCAAAAGCACCUGUCGAACCAAAAUGGGAUACCCAUCCUGCUUUACUGAGGAGACCUUCGAGGGUAACGAGAAGUAACAGUUCAGCAGCAGCAUAUCAUUCGAGAGAUUUUCGUUAUCACUCUCCCUCACCUGGACCAAGAGCAUCAACAGCACCCUGUACACCAGGAACACCAGGCAUUAGUCCAGUAAUGUCAAGAGCAAGUAGUGUUAGCAGUAAUGUCACCGACAGUGUCCCCCAGCCUGCUUGGAAUCUCAUAGCUUUUAGAAAUUAUUUCUUCGCAGAGAUUCCUCCUUUGCCUAUGAAUUAUCGACCUGGUACGACACCACCAGUCAGCAACGUUUCACAAUCCUCAUAUGCAGUGGACAAUGGGCAGCUAAGCGUUUUAAAAGUAAUGGAGAAAAAAACAAAUAGUAAUCUUAUAGAUCUAAGCACUUUCGAGCAAAACGAGGAUAAAACAAACGUUCGGGUCAGCGUCCUGGAAGCAUUCGAUCCUCUGCUGGUGAAGACUGAAGAAGAAAAUGCUGCUGCGAAUAAAGGAUACAGAGAUGAUACUGAAUCUCAGUUUAGUGGUUCGGUAUAUGAUCCAUUUGAUCCGUUUGAUUACAUGUACAGCACAAAUGCGAGUGUCAAUUCAGAUCCAGUUUAUGUUGCUGUCGAGAAAUCUGCCAAGUCCCCAGCUGUAUCACCAGCUGCACCACCUCCUCUGCCACCAAGGAAUUCCUCAGCAUGGAAUACCAUAGAAAGAAGAAGAACAUCCUUGGACCGUAGACAAAAACGACAAACGCGUUUGUACGAAAACGUAACAGUUGUAAAGGCACGUGCGUCCCUUCUCGAUUGUGAUCUGAAGGCGUUUCACAAAAUGAUCAAAUCCGUACGAGGUGAAUUUCCAUUUAAUGAUCCCAGUACCAAUAUCGGUCAUGUAGUCAGCCCGAUGAUGGAGAAUUUAUAUCCUGAGGGUACUAGCAUAAAAUUGGUCGUACAUCCACAACUGCCAGGUAUCGAUCAAGAGCCCAUUCCGUCCAUAUCCUUUACUUGCGACGUGAACUGCAGCGUCGAACACGUUAUUCUUAACGUGGCUUGCUCCCUUGAAGACGAGGAUACAGUAAACGUCGAGAAAUAUUGUCUGAGAGUUUGGGGCUUCGCUGAAUAUCUCGCACCUAAUACAACCCUGGCACAAUAUGAAUAUAUACACCAGUGUAUCAAACUAGAAAAGGAUAUCGAGUUAGCUAUUAUGACUAGAGUACAAAUGAAAAGAUCCCUUGCUCGUACGCUUCAAGAUGACAACCGUGAUCAGUGUCUCAAACUGGAGGAUAUUCUACCCAAUGAACCGUUACAACCAAUAUCUUAUGAUACGUUACUUAUUUUAUUGGAAACCGUGGAAAAGGAAAUGGAGAGGGUAGAAACGGCAUCGAUACAAUUAGCUAAAACUAAUCACAGUUCUAGUCUCUUACCACAAUUGCAACCACGUGGUGUCGUUCAGGCAGUGAAAGCCAUUUGCGCCCUAAUGGGAAGAGUAGAGACGUAUGAGAUCACUGAGGCUGUUGAUAAUUUUGUAAAUGCUUGCUGUCAAUUUUUGCCGCAAGUUCACACUGUGAAUAUUGAGUGCAAGAAACCUGAGGUAUUGCACGAGGAUGGGGAUUACUCGGUUGUCACACUUCGGACUAAAUUUCCUGAAGUCAUAGCGUCUCACUGCUACAACAUCAGGGACGCCAUUCAAGAUCUAGUAGAAACUUAUUGUCACGCUUUCAGAGUGGACUUUCAAUUGAAUAGCAGAGGGGAAUUUCCAACAAAUUCUUUGGUAUCCUCAGAAGUUAUAGACACUGUACUAGUUAGAGUUGGCGCACUGCACCGAUUACCUGUAUCUUGGAAACACGAUGACUACAUCGUAGCAGCUCAAAUAUUCCAUGGGACAAGACCCGUUGGCAAUCCUGUACUCUCAGAACCCAUGACAGUUAGCUCUAACUUUUAUCCCAGGAUUUUAUUUAAUACAUGGUUGGAAUUUCGUGGAAUCAGUGUGUGUCAAGUUCCUAGAGAAGCUAGACUCGUCCUGGUUCUUUAUGGUCGCACAUUACAACCCACAGAACAUGAAUCAAAUGCCUCCAAUGAGGGAGCAAUGCAGAAGGAAGAACUUGGCUGGGGUGCCAUACAGUUCUUUGAUUACGAUGGGGUGAUGAGCCAGGGUAGUUAUUUCUUAUCACUUUGGCCUGCUAUCGCAGAUAAGAGACUUGGUCCAGCACCAGCUCCUGGUAUUCAUCCCCAUGGUGAUACACACCCCAUUAUUGGUUUAGAAUUGCCAGAUUAUGGUGGACGUGUUCUUUUUCCCACAGAACUUCGAGAUCACGACGUUGAGUCUCUCGAUUUUAAUUCUCUUGAUCAAAACACACAGGAAUUACUGAUAGACAUUACACAACAGGAUACCUUCUCCAGACCACCUGUUGAUGAGAGGGAGAUUUUGUGGGAGAAAAGACACUACUUGCACGACAGACCGGAAGCAUUACCAAAAGUACUAUUGGCAGCACACAGCUGGGACUGGGCCUGCUUACCUGAUCUUCAUGCAUCCCUAAGAGUAUGGAGUCCAUUACCACCCGUCCAAGCUCUUCAAUUAUUAUUACCAUGCUUCCCGGAUAUGAAAGUGCGAGAAAUGGCUGUAGGAUGGAUUCGCGAACUAACUAAUGACGAAUUAACGGACUAUUUGCCGCAAUUACUCCAAGCCCUGAAACACGAAACAUACGAGGCUUCACCACUCGCUAGAUUUCUUCUUGAGAGAGCUCUUCUGUCACCAAGAGUCGCUCAUCAUAUUUACUGGCUGUUGACCCAAGCACUGCCGGGACAGAGUCCCCAGGUACAGAAUUCCGCUGAACUACCUUCUGAGGACGAUAAAAGCAUCAGCUAUGCUCGCUACCAAAGAAGAUUGCAGUUAAUGUUACGAGCCCUUCUUGCAGCUAUCGGCGACUCCUUGAGAAAUAGUUUUCUCACUCAGCAGUUACUCGUCAAGAAUCUUCACGAAGUUGCCGAAAACAUUAAAACCACUAAGGAAUCUUUGAGAAUGGAUGCGUUAAAAGUUGGUUUGCAGAAUAUACACUGUCAACUCAUGGAAGACGAUGGCACCUGUUUGCCACUAUCUCCAAGUCGAGAAGUCUUUGGUAUCAAUGUUCAGACCUGCUCGUAUUUUCCAUCAUUUACGCUGCCAUUAAAAAUAAAUUUCAUCAGUUCGGAUAACGUGAUAAGCCCAGCUAUAUUCAAGGUCGGAGAUGAUUUACAACAAGAUAUGCUGACACUUCAAAUGGUACGAAUAAUGGAUAAGCUUUGGCUAAAGGAAGGCCUUGAUCUCAAAAUGGUUACCUUCGCCUGUGUCCCAACUGGACAUAAACGGGGUAUGAUCGAAAUGGUUACGAAUGCUGAAACCCUGAGAAAAAUUCAAGUGGAAUUUGGACUCACGGGAUCUUUCAAGGAUCGACCAAUAGCGGAAUGGCUGGCGAAGCACAAUCCAAGUGAAUUGGAAUACGAGAGGGCUGUAGAGAAUUUCACAGCCUCCUGUGCUGGAUACAGUGUGGCUACCUAUAUAUUGGGAAUCUGUGACAGACAUAAUGAUAACAUUAUGUUGAAAACGUCUGGACAUUUGUUUCACAUAGAUUUUGGAAAAUUCCUCGGAGAUGCGCAAAUGUUUGGAAACUUCAAGAGGGAUAGAACACCUUUCGUGCUCACAUCUGACAUGGCCUACGUUAUUAACGGAGGUGACAAACCUUCAGCAAAGUUUCAUCAUUUUGUAGAUUUGUGUUGUCAAGCCUUCAAUGUUGUGCGGAAACAUGGAAAUCUCAUACUUCAUCUUUUUGGUUUGAUGACAUCUUCAGGAAUUCCUGGAGUUACCAUGGAUGCUGUGAGCUACGUACAGAAAGCUCUUCUGCCUGGACAAACGAAUCCAGAGGCUGCUGCCACAUUCGCUAGGAUGAUCGAGAGUUCUCUGAAGAGUUGGUUCACGCAGUUCAACUUCUUCCUUCACAAUCUGGCGCAGCUAAGAUUUACAGGUGAUCAUAAUGACGGUGAACUGUUGUCUUUCAUUCCACGCACUUACACCAUGCAACAAGAAGGACAAUUAACCAGCGUCCAAGUGCACGGAUAUCAGAAGCGCUAUGAUCCUGAGAAGUAUUACAUGUACAUUCUGCGCAUUCAAAGAAAAGGACAUGCUGACCCAACGUACCUAUUUCGCUCCUACAAAGAAUUUUGCGAAUUCUAUCAAAAGCUCUGCAUUCAUUUUCCGCUCGCCAAAGUGGCUAGUUUGCCAAGCGGCAUGAGUGUGGGACGUUCAAAUAUCAAGCAAGUGGCAGACAAACGGCGUGCCGAUAUUGAAAAAUUCUUAGUGAGUUUGUUUAAAAUGGCACCAGAAAUAUCCCAGAGCGAUCUAGUCUACACUUUCUUUCAUCCUCUACUACGUGAUCAGCAAAACGCGGAUAUUCAUCUGCGUAAAGUCAAAGUUGGUAACUGGUGGGCGGAGAAGAAGAUCAGGGAAAAUGGUCAGAGUGGACAAAUCAAAUUAUCUCUUCAUUAUACUCGUGGUACAUUAUGCGUGAUGAUCUAUCAUGCUCGCGGAUUACCAAAAGUGGCAAAUGCCCAAGAACCAAAUACAUAUGUCAAGGUAUACCUGAAGCCAGACUCGACGAAAGCGACAAAGCGUAAGACAAAAGUUGUGAAGAAAAAUUGUCAUCCCUCGUUUAUGGAAAUGCUGGAGUACAGGAUGCCAAUAGAAGUUAUUAAGGAGAGAACUUUGGAAGCUACCAUCUGGAAUCACGAUACCCUUCAAGAAAAUGAAUUUCUGGGUGGUAUCAGAUUACCAUUAGGUCGUCUGAAUUUGACUAGUGAAACUGUCGAAUGGUUUCCACUGGGUAGUGUUCGAUAGACACAACUUUUUCAAUCAGAAAUAUUACAAGAGAAGCUUCCCAUUUUAGACUCUUAAUCGAAUCUAUCAUGAGAUCUACAUUCUCCGUUGUGGCGCACAAGUAACUACAAAGAAGUAGAUAGAAACAGAAUUCACAAACUUCUUGUUCGGUCAGCACUUAUUUUUUAUUGUUCUAGGUGUAUGACUGGUACAAUAUGUGAUUAUACAUUCAAAUGUAGGUUUCGUAUGUGAUCGAAUCGGAUCAUGACAAAUACCCAGAAUCGUAACAAGUUGAUAUAUUAUUCAGAUUCUAGCGCACCAGGCAUUGAUAGAAUUUUCCUGAACUCUUCACUAGAUAUUAUUUUAAAGGGAAUAAUGAUCACAAUAGCACUCAAAAUCAGAGUAAUAUUCCUCGAGUAUAUGAAUUUUUAUCAAAGGGCGAAAGAGUUCAAUUGUUUCUUAUACACUUUUUUUUUGUCUUUCAGCCAUCAGGCAAAACUCGCCACCUGCAAAUGUAAUUCUUUCCACUUGCAUUGGGUAUUCUCCGUGGUUAACCUAUUUUCUUUCUUAUUACUUUUUCCGUUGUGAUGACUAUUUAUUCAUGGCGUCUUUGUCAAUACUUAUAAUUCCAAAUUGUAUAUAGAAAAAUGUACGCACCCUGUAAUCGUGCCUUACGAUUAUGUGUGUCAGUAAUGAAUGGGCUCUUUGAUUUAGAGCAACUUCAUAUACUUAUUAUUAUUUUAUACGUUUUUCAAUAUUCAAUCAGAAGAACUACUUCUGAUAUAAUGUCUUUGCUUUUUAAUUAGCGCUUCACGCCAUGUACAAUCAAUGAAUUUCUUUGUAGAUAAAUUUAAUCGGAUCGAUUUUUUGUACAACAGUAUUUAAAUCCAUUAGUUUAUGUGCUGAACGAAUCGAUCUAGCCAAAAUGUAUGUGAUGAGACGAGAAGAGAUGAAUUAUGAUUGGAGAAGGUCCUGGUGAACGUGCGGGAUAGAGAUAUAAAACUUGGCUGAGGACGCCUAAUCGAAUUGUGAAUUUAUAAUUAAUAUUUAAUGAUAUUUUCGUAUAUACAAACUUUAUAGAAUAUUCUAAUAUAAAUUCAAGGCAAAACGGCCUGAACAUACACUUUUUUUUUUAAUUGAUCAACUUAGAUUCUGGUAAUCUGUAAUACCAAGGAAUCAUAGUCAUUCUAUGACUAAUAUUUAUUAUUACCCAAGAUAUUUUCAAAAGCAAACACGCUGUUUAUCCCUUUUUACACAUAUUUUAAUGACAUUUGCCUAUUAAUCAUGUGCUUUUACAGAUGUCUAGCGCUUUCAGUUACAUCUAUAUACACACGUUAUACAAUUUUACACGAUAUAUAAUUUAUUUGCAAUGAAAUCAUUCUAAUUAAAAUUAGACGUCGUUCACAGAAUCAUACUGGAAUAUCAGACUGAAGGCAAGAAUCGUUGCGUUCAUAUGGUUUUCCAAUUUUUUUAGUUUCGCAUCGAAAAUAAAUCAAUUAAAACCAUUAGAUAUACCUGAUUUAAUUAUAGCAUGUGCGCUUAUUGUGUAUUGUUAGGUGAAUUUACACGUGUUUGAUCGCAAACAGCAUAAUUUAAGAAAUAAAUAAAUAAAUAAUGUGA